AGUCUGGGAGCGGCAGUCUCACAUCCAAAUCAGAACUUUCGCAGCCUGACCAGCAACCUCGAUAUCUCCCCAGAAAUCUCCCAAAAUGGCAUCUACUGUCAAGGAUCAGCUGAUUUUGAAUGUCCUAAAGGAAGAACAGGUUCCCCAGAACAAGAUCACUGUUGUUGGGGUUGGUGCAGUUGGCAUGGCAUGUGCCAUCAGUAUUUUAACAAAGGAUUUGGCUGAUGAACUUGCCCUAGUUGAUGUGAUAGAAGACAAACUAAAGGGAGAGAUGAUGGAUCUCCAACAUGGCAGCCUUUUCCUAAAAACACCAAAGAUUGUUUCUGGCAAAGACUACAGUGUGACUGCACACUCAAAACUGGUCAUUGUUACGGCUGGGGCACGUCAACAGGAGGGAGAAAGUCGUCUUAAUUUGGUCCAGCGUAAUGUGAAUAUCUUUAAAUUCAUCAUUCCCAAUAUUGUUAAAUACAGCCCUAAUUGCAAGCUGCUUAUUGUUUCCAAUCCAGUGGAUAUUUUAACAUAUGUGGCGUGGAAGCUAAGUGGCUUUCCUAAAAAUCGUGUUAUUGGAAGUGGUUGCAAUCUGGAUUCUGCCCGUUUCCGUUACCUAAUGGGGGAGAGACUUGGUGUCCAUUCUUCAAGUUGUCAUGGAUGGGUCCUUGGGGAACAUGGAGACUCCAGUGUUCCUGUAUGGAGUGGUGUCAAUGUUGCUGGUGUGUCUCUGAAGGGUCUUCAUCCUUCUUUGGGAAGUGAUGCUGAUUCAGAGAAUUGGAAAGAUGUUCAUAAACAGGUGGUUUAAAGUGCUUAUGAGGUGAUCAAGCUGAAGGGCUACACUUCCUGGGCCAUUGGCUUGUCUGUGGCAGAUCUGGCAGAAAGCAUUAUGAAAAAUCUUAGGAGAGUGCAUCCUAUUUCCACCAUGAUUAAGGGCCUAUAUGGCAUUAAUGAGGAUGUCUUUCUUAGUGUCUCAUGUAUCUUGGGGCAGAACGGCAUUUCAGAUGUGGUGAAGGUAAACCUGAAUCCGGAGGAGGAAAGCUGUUUAAAGAAGAGCGCAGAUACUCUUUGGGGAAUCCAGAAGGAGCUGCAAUUUUAAAACCUUUUA